AUGAACGACAAGCCUAUUGUUGGAACCUCAGGCGGUACCGCUUGGUGGGAAAAUCCUACCACGCUAAGCUCUAGGCACUCUGAGCGGCAUCAGACUUCAAACUUUGAAGUCACUCCAAGGAUGAGAACACCUCGGCCUACCCGCCACGUCCUCGUAAGGGCUCAUGAGCUUCCGAGGCCAACUCGGACUCCUCAGAAGGAGCACCGGGCUUAUGCAGGCAUAAACCCCGCACCACCGAGCCAUAAAUCCGAGCCUACUAGCCCUCGUGGAGUCCCGGGCUUAAUCUACAUCGGCCUAGAUAAGCAUGAAAAUGCUAAACGUCCCUAUGCCAAUGGGCUGACACGUGAGCAAGCCCUCCUUAAAUGGCAAGAAAUGCGUGAAGAGGGAGCAGAGCGCGCUAAGUCGCGUGCCUCCGUAGUGUCUGCUGAUAGACUCAGGUCGUGCCGCUCCGUGGCUAACUCUAGGCCCUUCUACAGUCAGCCAAAUGCUACGCAAAGUACUUUUCGCAGUUCAUCAACUGUUCUUGCGAAGUCGCCUGAUCGCGAGGAUGAGGAUGUGAAGCGCAAGCUUAUGAAGAAGCCGUCGCGAAUGCGUAUUAUCGUGAACAAGAUGGGAUGCUCAUAG